UGCCCACCCCGCCCCCCUUGCUGCUGAAGUGCUGGUCUUAAGAGCCAACGAUUUCCCAGAAGCGUCCGUCGCCUAGGGCGGGGAUCCUGUCCCUCCCUGCCGCGAGGAGUUUGAGGAGGCGGCAGCUCACUGGGGGUUGGGUGUAGCCAGCGCGAGCCCAAGCAGGGCUUUAUAAGGGGCCGUCCCGCCCGGGGCUGGCAAGUCUAGAUUCCUGGAGAGUAUCAUGGCGAUAGGCACAGCACUUCUGGGGCUCCUCGCUUUCCUGCUCGGCUGCUCCGGCACCUCUGCCAAACCCCAAAAUUCUGAGCGCUUCGCCAUGCGGAAGUGCGUCCUGACUGGCAACUGGACCAAUGACCUCGCCUCCACCAUGCAGAUCAACAGUGUCAGUGACACGGGGGUGUUCAGCGGCCUUUACGCAACGGCCGUUAAGAACUCUGCCAAUCCCAUCCGGCCAUCCCUGCUGCAGGGCGUCCAGCGCCAGGGGCGCCAGCCCACCUUCGGCUUCACCGUCAACUGGAACUUCGCUGAGUCCACCACCGUCUUUGUGGGCCAGUGUUUCCUGGAUGCGAAGGGAAAGGAGCAGCUGAAGACCACCUGGUUGCUGCGCGAGGUGGUGGGGUCCAGGAGAGACGAUUGGAGAGCAACCAAGGUUGGCAUGAACACUUUCUACCGCACCAAGUGAGAGGAUGAAGAGAGCAAAACUUCCAUGGUCUCUGCCUUGGGAGAUGGGGAGAGGUGGAGGGUGAGCCUUCCUACCUCACCCAUCAGCCACUCUUCUCCAAUAAAAUGUU